UUUUGUUCUAACUGGAACUACUACUUUGGUCAUUGCAACGGGUUGAACUGAAGUUUUAAGGCUAGAAAUCUGGGGACUGGAGGCAUAGGUCACUUGCAGGAUUAUUAUGUUGGGGUGCUAAAGAAUAGCCCCACAAGAGCUUUUAUGGGGUUUUCUGGGGCUGAGAGAGUGUAACUUGGCCCAGGUCACCGAGUGGGUUCCCUGACUGAGCAGAGAUUUGAAAUCAGAGUCACAGUCCAACCCCAUUCAAACCAUGACACCACACUGGGAUCUGGAUUAGUGUCACAUCAGAGGCACUCUGCACAUGCCCAAUGUGCUCUUGGCACUUUCCCAAGACCCCCUUGCUCUUGAAAGACAAAGGAUGAGGAGACCCCAAAGCCCCUUAUCCCAGCCUGGCAAGAGCCUGGCGCUCUGGGCGGAAGCCCCCUUUCCUUGCAUUCAGUGGGGCCCAAAGAGGGACCCCUUGGAAAGUCCCCAGGAGCCUCUUCUGCCUUUCCCCCCCAGCUUCUAUUUUAUGGGGUUGUUUUGGAAGGAAAGGGGAGGAUGCAUUGGUGCUUUGGACUUCUUGAAAUCUACCCAGGCCCACUUUCCCUAGACCUCCAGGUCUGCACUCUGCACAUGCCCAGGGCUUGUCCUGACACCUCUCCAGAAAAAAACAAAGCCAAAUCUUUCUACUUCCUUUUAAAAAGACAAAGGAGGAUGAACCUUCCAAGCACCCUCAGCCUGGCCAGGAGUCUGGUACUCUGCCUGUGCCCAGGGCCCCUCUUGGCCCCUUCCCAAUGCCCCUUCUUCUCCCAGCCUGGCCAAGGGUCUGGCACGCUGCCUGUGCCCAAAGCCCCUCUUGAUCCCUUCCCAAGCCCACUUUCCCUACAACUUCAGACAUGGCAAAAGGGUCUGGCACUCUGCCUGUGCCCAGGGUUGGUCUUGGUUCCCUCUCAAUGCCCCUUCUCCCAGUCUGGUUAGGGGUCUGGCACUCUGCAUGUGCCCAGAGGUCCCCUUGACACCAUCCCAAGCCCACUUUCCCUAAACCCACAGACAUGGCCAGGGGCCUGGCACUCUGCAUGUGUCCAUGACCCCUCUUGGCCCCUUCCCAAUGCUCCUUCUCCCAGCCUGGCCAGGGGUCUGGCACUCUGCACGUGCCCAGAGGUCCCCUUGACCCCUUCCCAAGCCCACUUUCCCUAAACCUCCAGACAUGGCAAAGGGGUCUGGCACUCUGCAUGUGCCCAGAGGUCCCCUUGACACCAUCCCAAGCCCACUUUCCCUAAACCUCCAAAUAUGGCCAGGGGCCUGGCACUCUGCCUGUGCCCAGGGUUGGCCUUGGCCCCUUCCCAAUGCCCCUUCUCCUGCCAGCCUGGCCAGGGUCUGCCUGUGCCCAGAGGAGGAGGAGGAGGAGGAGGAAGCCUCCAAGGCCCUUCCCCUCCCAGCCUGGGCACCUGGCACUCUGCCCAUGCCCAGGGGCCUGCCUGCUGCUGCUGCUGCUGCUGAGGCUGCUGCUCCUCCCAUCCGGGGCGGAGGCGGGGCCGGCCAGCAGAGGCCCCGGGACGGGAGCCUCCUCCUCCUGCUCUCCUUCUCCUUCUUGCCGGAGGAGCAGGACCAGAGGAGCCAUGAAGGUGAAGAAGAGCGGCAGCGCUGCAGGAGCAGCAGCAUCCUCUGCAGCAUCCUCUGCAUCAGCAUCAGCAGCAGCAGCAUCGUCGGCUGCAUCCUCCUCCUCCUCCUCGCUGCCUGGCAACAGCCCCGAAGCAGCCCUGCUGGACCAAGGCGCCAUCGGCCCCGAGGAUGUGCUGGGGCUGCCCAAGAUCACCUCGGAUUACCUAUGCACCCCGGAGGAGAACAUCUACAAGAUAGACUUCACCCGCUUCAAGAUCCGCGACAUGGAGUCCGGCACCAUCCUCUUCGAAAUCACCAAACCCCCAGCUUCCGAGCGCGAACACAGCGACAAGAAGGAUAUUGACCCCAACGCCGGCCGAUUCGUCCGCUAUCAGUUCACGCCGGCAUUUCUUCGGCUGCGGCAGGUUGGAGCCACGGUGGAGUUUACGGUGGGAGACAAACCCAUCAACAACUUCCGCAUGAUCGAGCGCCACUACUUCCGGGACCAGCUCCUGAAGAGCUUCGACUUCGAAUUUGGCUUCUGCAUCCCAAGCAGCAAGAACACCUGCGAACACAUCUAUGAGUUCCCACAGCUCUCUGAAGACCUCAUCCAGGAGAUGAUCCUCCAUCCCUACGAGACGCAGUCGGACAGUUUCUACUUUGUGGACAACAAACUGGUCAUGCACAACAAGGCCGACUAUUCCUACAGCGGGGGUCCGUGACCUGCGGCGCCCGCCUUUCCUCUUCCCUGUAGGAACGGGUUUUGGGCUUUUGACGGACGGCGUUGGCACAGAGAGAGAGAGCUGGGCACCGAGGGCUCUGCCGCCGCGAAGGACUGGCGUUUUGUGACUCAGAUAGUAGCUGCAGUCUUUACUCUUAAUCUCCCCUGAGCUUUUGAGGAAACCUCCAAAUCGCACCCAGACGCCAUUUUGUCCCAUCAGAACCAGCCGCCGCACCAAGAACCCAGUCUUUUAGUGGCCGAUCUUUGGACAGAAUAGCACUGUGUAGUAAACCCUGAGAGACAUAAGAUCUAUUUUCCAACCUGGCUGUGGGGAGUCCCUCUCUCUCAACCUCCCUCUUUUCAGAUCCGUGGGAUUGUCGUUGCUAAGGACCCCGUUUUCGCUCCUCUGCCUCCCACAAAGACAUGGCUGUUGGGUACAAUUUGGGCAAAAGGCUUCACCCGAACUGCCGAGACCAGCGCCCCUUUUAGUGGAUUUUAGGGUCCUCCUCGGGGUAGAGACUUGGCAUUCUGUUUGGUUUGCUCUUUUACCAGUAGCGUCCGACGUUCGUUCGGGGAAGCAAAGCACAUGGAUAAUAGUAAAAUUACAACUCUUACCAUAUUUUAGGGGGUUAAGCGGCGGUGCGGAGACGCGGCAGGUACCCAAAUACCGACAAAACGCCGGAAUCCACUAGAUCUCCCACCGCUUGGGUUCCUUGGAAAUGGGAGGAUGCGAAUCCGUAACGGUUUCUGUUGAUGUGAGAAAAAGGAUGGAGGUUGGGGUUAUGGGAGGACCCUCUCCUGUUGUCGUUGUAUCAGUUGUCACACUGUCGUUGUCGUCCUCUGAACAUAAGCACAUCCUAAGAGCUGCCCGAUAAGGCAAUGCGUUCUCAUUGUGUGUCGUUUUGUGAUGUUUGCGCUCGGCCAAACAGCCGUCUCUGGUUGCAUCUUGGUUGUGUACAAGACCGUCUGAGAUGCUGUUAAAUGAAAACAUUUUCCCGCCUUUUACAGAGCGCAUGUUGCACAUUGCACAUUCUAUCAAUCCUGGAAGAUCUAGCAGCAAAAGGGGAACCUUCCUGGAUUUGCAAUGCGCUUUCCAUGGACGGUUCUCCAUUGCUUUUCAUACAGCUCCUGUUUAGCAGCGCAACCUCAAAUGGAUCCUUUCUGCCCAGCAUUUGACUUCUCCAUAGAAAGCGAUAGCCAUGACCAAAACCCUUCUAGGUUUUCUGCACAUCGUCUGUCUUGUGAAGGGUUAGGGUUAAGGAAAAGGGAUUCCCCCCACUUCUGUGUCUGUCUCAUGUUUUGGAAGAAGCCUCUCUUUUGUGUGUGCCUCUGUGUGUGUGUUUGGCCUGGUGUCUGUGAAUGACCCAUAAAAACAGAGGUCCAUCCUUCAGAAGCACAUGGACUUGGGUCAUUCAUUAGUCCUAAAUGAACCUAUUGCUUUUCGGUAGACCAGAUUCGCCCCUCCCCCAGCCAUCCCUAUGUGUUUCAUUUCCAUUUUGUCCGAAGUCCGUACAGAUACGUAAAAACAGCGACGCUAGGACAAGCAAUGAUAACACAUAAUCCUUUAUUCCACAAUCGUCUUCCCUGGCCUUUGCAGAAGUCUUGGACUACACCUCCCACCAUCCCCAGCUGGCGUGUCGAUAAUGUAAAAGCACAAUGCAAGGGGAUCAAAAGAUCCAUUCGCAACAAAACAAUCUCUUUUCCGUACCUCCGGUUUCCUUGCGGCCAAACGCAAAAGCGAAGCGUUUUUCGUGUGCACAAGUGGCGCACAUUCUGCAAGUGCACCAUCCGUUCUUUGAGAUCUGAAAAGGCCCAGAUAUUUUGUGAUAGCUCUGUAUGGUUUUGUUGUCACGGCUUAUUUUUAUAACGAUGCGCAGAUGGGGCCGGCCGCAUGGCAGAUGGCGCAAUGUGUUCGUCGGCGGGUGAAAACAUGUUUACAUUUGGCACAUUUUGUUCUUGGUUUUCCCCUUCUGUCUGAAAAGGAGGCUAAUAAACACUUGAUUUUGGGGGGGAUCCGUUUUCGGCAGCGGCGCAUAAAAACAAAUAAAAGAGCACAGACUGUAUGGUGGUUUUAAGACAUGGUGGCUUCCUCUGUUCCCAUGCGCUCACCUAUGUACUGUGUUUUCCUGGAAGCUAAGCAGGGCCAGCCCUGGUUAAUUCUUGGGUGGGAGACCGUCCGCAAAUCUCAGGAGGUGAUAUUUCAGAGGGACAAACUGGAUUCCUAAGGAAACCCUCCAAAGAUUCAUGUGCUUCAGUUGGGUUACAGAUCCCAUCAUCCAUGGCCAAGGGUCACACUGCCUCAGGAUGCUGGGAGUUGGAGUCCCAAUCCCAUUUUGGAAGGUUGAAAAAUAAGACAAGGUUGCCCACUUGGUUGUAUGGUUGUUCCUGGCAAGAUGCUCCUUUUUUGAGGAUGACGGAGCCUGAGAUGAUCCCAAUCCCAGGGGCCAUGGUGGUCGGUGGAUGGUGGGAGCCGCAGUCCAAAAAGUCAUUUUCUCCUUUUAGGUGUGAAGAGGAAUAUGAUGCUUUCUGAGCUUUCCAGAGCCAUAUAAUGAAUAGUAAAAGGUGAAUUGAGAAACACACA